AUGGCACUGUGUAGGAAGGUCAGGACAUUACCCAGCACCACCAUCAAGGCCCCUAACUCACUACGACAGCACAAGCAGCUCUCUUCCGUCGCGGUUAUGUUCCCCCUGCACGGUCCGCCGCCGACGAACCUGCCCCUCGUCUCCACGGCCAAGCAGCAACAGCAACCGCAGCCGCCGCAGCCGGCGGCGGCGGCGGCGGCGGCGGCCAACCCCCUGCUUAAUCAGUCCCCAGGGGCCCCUUGCUGGCCGCCGCCGCGGCCCUCUAGAAGCGGGCAUGGUGGGGCUGCAGCUCCGCCGGCGGCGGCAGCGGCGGUAGGCCUUACUGCCGCGCAAGCUGUAGUGCGCGGCGCGGGUGCCGUGGGCAUCGUGUACGGCGGCUUGUGGCUGGCGCUGGCGGCGUAUCGAGCGGUCAAGAAGCGCCUGUUGAGACGGGCGCUGCGGGAGAUCGUACCGGCGCUGCAAAAUGUGGGUCGGCGGCAAACUUUAUUCCAGCUCACGUCAUCAGUUCUUUUUCGCCGCCUGUACACCUACCUUUACUUCUUUACGGCUUUGCUCUACUGCUUUUCUUCCGUUCUUAUUUUAGUUUUGGCGGCUAGGCAGGCGGGCAUUACUUUUUGGGUGGAUUUUGGGUCGCUCAUGUCGCUGGCACGAAACAAUGACGUAUACGAGCACGACAAUGACGUGGACCUGGUGGUUCUGGAGCCAGACUUUCCGGCGCUGCUGGAGAAGCUGCAGACACCGGGAGUACUGCCAAAGGGUUUCACGGCGGAUUGGAUCGGUAAGAGUCGCGACCUGGGGGAUGGGCUCGUCCAACGAUGGAUCCGGAUCUACCUGCCGGGCAGGGUGAUGUGGGUCGACCUCUUUGGCGGCUUCGAUUUUGGAUCCAAGAUCCGGAUCAACAAGAACGCGCACUGCGAUGUACCCAAGGAGCUGGUCCUGCCCCUGGGCACCAUACCCAUGUUCGAUUCCACAGCUCCCGCGCCCCGUUACGUGGAGGCCGUGUUGCAGCACCGCUACGGCCCCGACUGGCGCACCCCCAAGUACGCCAGCAAGGGAAGCGACCAGAUAGAGCACAACAAGCGCUACCUGCGGGUGAUGCGGUGGCUGGGCAAGAUCGGGCUGCGCAUCUGA